CGUAAUUUCAUAACAUGAUAUUAUAACAUACGGGUGAUAAUUAAGCUUGUAUGUUAUUGUGUAAAUAUUUUAUGAUCUAAUAUCAUAAAGAUAACAAAAAUGCCAAGUAAAAAAAAAAAAUACAAUGCCCGAUUUCCAGCAGGACGCAUCAAGAAAAUAAUGCAAACUGAUGAAGAAGUUGGAAAAGUUGCUCAAGCUGUACCAAUUAUAAUUUCUAGAACAUUAGAACUCUUUGUACAUUCAUUGCUGACGAAGACGAUGCAAAUUACUAGUAAUAAAAAUGCCAAAACACUCAGUACAUCUCAUAUGAAACAGUGUAUUUUAUCAGAGAGCCGUUUUGAUUUUUUAAAAGAUCUGGUAAAAAGUGUUCCUGACGUCUCCAAUGCUGAUGACGAAGUACAAAGUCCACCAAUGACACCAGCACCCACAGGAAUUAAUUCUAUCAAUCCGCCAUUAAAUAUAACGCGUGUUCACCCUGAAAUACGAAUCCCAAAGGAAUUAACAAUAACAAGAAAGUCAACAGAAGUCAAUAAUCAUUCACAAGACUGCCUAGAAGCUAUUAAAAGCAAUAUAAAAUUAGAAGAGGCUGCACCCUCACCAAAUCGAGUUCCUAAUUUGCAAAUUGCAAUACCGUCGUCAUUCAAUGAUGGUAAACCAAAUUUUUAUACUGAAGUAAACCCGUUGAAUUUGUCUACGCAGCAGACUAAAGAAGAAAAUUCAUCACUUAUCAACGUUAAUAGUAUUGAUGAAGAUUAUGAUACCUAAAUAAAUAUAAAAAUUUUUUUUAAUAUGUUAA